AUGACCACCGAAGGAGUUUUUGUCGAUGUCGUGGGACUAUCCUAUCAGUGUGGAAACACCAAAGGAACUACGUCGGAGGAUUUCAUUUAUAAAUAUGACCCGGGAGCAAAAGUGACUUUCUCUAUUGGUGACCUUGUCCUGGGUCACUGUGAGGGACGGGCCACUACGACUAUUUCCAAUUUAGUCCCGGAUGCCUCAAUUUAUGAUCACAGGACGGUGAAUCGAGCACGGCUACUGUUCAGUCUGUCUACUGGGCAAGGUUUUGAAGUCCCAAUCCGCAUUAACACUCACGUUGAGGCUGUGAUAAACCAGCACAAGGACGACAUCAACCUGGACUCUGACAACCUCAGUGACCUAGAUCGCCCUCUCAACCGAAUUUGCGAUAUACUAAGCCUUCGUCCUAAGUCCGUUUACCAUACCCGAAACCAUCUUCGUCGCGAGGCGGCAGGAUUCAAGGUCCUGAGAGACCUGCAAAUAGAAUCUCCAGAUGGGGGGUAUGUUGCGGCCGAUGUAUACCUUCCCUUGCAGCUCAAGGGACGAUUCCCGGUUCUUGUCAGUUGCACUCUAUAUGGACGGCGUGUCCCCUGGGGAGGUCCAGACUUGAACGACGACGAGGACGUGUUGGCUUUUGAGCGUGCAGAGGAUGAAUGGCAUUCUACAGAGGCGGGCACAGAGCUCCACUUACCUGAUAGGGGACCGUGGUCGGAAUACUUCAGGACACAACGAGGGUUUGAAAACCUCGCGACCUUCAACACCUUCUCCUACGUUCCCAAGGGCUAUGCUAUGGUGAGGAUGGAACCCAAGGGUGUAUCAGAGACGCCCGGUAAAAGAUGGGAACCUGGUCAACUUGCUGGUGACUUCUAUACUGUCUGCGAGUGGUGCGCUGAUCAACCAUGGAGCAACGGAAACGUCGCCCUCGUUGGCAGCUCUUAUGGAGCCAACACACAGUGGGCCGUGGCAGGCCUGAAGCCAAAGGGUUUGAAGUGCUUCGUCCCAUAUGGAACUGAUCUUGAUUCCUAUCGCGACGCGGCAUACAUUGGAGGUGUCCCCGCGACACGUUACCUUGAGAACUGGUUUGCUCGUGUUAGAGGGGUGUCUCCAAAAUGGCAGGAUCACUUGGACGUGGAAAGCCUGAUGAAAAGUAAUCCUACAUAUAAUCAUCUUUGGGCAAUGAUGGAAUCCAAACCAGAAACUACGGUCGACAUUCCUUGCUUCCUUGGCGCCUCCCAAAUAUUCAUGAUCCAUGGACGCGGCGCCUACGAAGCAUGGAUGGCGCGUCGCCCUGAUAAUACCCAUCUCCAGCUGGUUGAUUCGGACUACUACUCGUGGCCGAAUCGGGAAGCGGCUGGGAAGAUUCUGGAAUUUCUGAACCACCAUCUCAAGACGGAAGGCUGCUUUGCGCCGGAGCGAGUUGGAAUCCAGAUGCGCCUGGGAAAUCAGAAGUGGUACUGGCGCAAGGAGGCGAAUUGGCCGGUCCCAGGUACGGAGUAUAUCAAGUGGCAUCUCCAUCCUGACGGAACUCUGGCAACCACUCCGCCAGCUUCGGAGACCCCGGAAAAGCGACUUUCUUAUCCCGCCAGAACAGCCUCUGCAGGGGAUGCCGGAUUCAGCUUUCAAUCGUCACCCAUGGAAGAAGACGUCGAGAUGGCAGGUCAUUUUGCUGCCACGCUGUGCAUUUCGUCGACGGCUCCAGAUGCAGACGUUGUCGUCCUUGUCUGGGCUAUUGAUGAACAUGACAAUGCUGUUGCUUAUGGGGCAAGCCAUACUGAGCCGGAGCCACUAGCAAAGGGCUUUCUGCGCGUCAGCCAUCGGAAGACCGACCCAGAACGGUCUCUUCCCUGGAGACCCUGGCACACACACCUGGAGAGCGACCUGAUGCCGCUCCAGGGGCCGGAAGAAGUCGUGGAAAUCACGGUGGAAAUAUUGCCUGCUGCGGCUCGUCUUCGGAAGGGCUGGAGUCUUCGCGUGGAUGUAUGCCCAUCCGAGGAUCAGCCAAACAUUCCUGGUUACGAAGCCCCGUCAAUGAGGCUCUGGUACGGCGAGACUCAGAGUCUAGGGGUUCUUGACACCCUUCAUGUCGGUGGCGGUCGAGCCAAUUUUUUGAUGUGCCCAGUUGUACCACGCAGCGAGGACUAUCCUCGGUGUAUAACUUAG